AUGAAGAGCUCAACAAUAUCGAUCGAAAAUGAAAACCGGAAUGAAAAUAGAGAAGUCGCAGGACAAGAAAUGGGAAAUUUGGAGGUAUGGAAAUGGAAUUCAGGAUUUUUCUGGCUUCGGGGGGCUUCCGGAGAAUUCUGGAGCAUUUCUGAAACUUCUGGAGACUUCUGGAGACUGCAAGAGACUUUCUGGAGCAAAAAUCUAAUGAAUAUUGAGCUACAGUAAUUCUGAAUAACUUUUAGCUACAGUAGUUCUGAAAAAUUUUGAGCUACAGCAAUUCUGAAUUAUUUUAAGCUACAGUAAUUCUGAAAAAUUUCGAGCUACAGUAAUUCUGAAUAAUUUUGAGCUACAGUAAUUCUCAUACAUAAAAUGGGUCCCCAGAAUCGUGGUGAGGGGCUUAACUUUUUUUCAAUAAUCUGAUGGAGAGGGUGCCUAACUUGGCCAAUUUUCUGCUGAUAAUUUACCAAAAUUCCUAGAUUUGUCCAAAAUUCGCUCAAAAAUGUGAGGAAGGUGUUUAACUUUGGAAAAUUUUCAAGGAGGGUCCCUAACUUUGAAAACUGAUUCGGGAGACCUAUUUUAUGUAUGGUAAUUCUGAAAAGUUUUGAGCUACAGUAAUUCUGAAAAAUUUUGAGCUACAGUAAUUCUGAAAAAAAUUAGAUCAAAAUUCAGAUGAAUAUAGUUUGAGCUACAGUACCCUAAAAAAUAGCGCCGAAAAAUUCGGGAGCUAAAAAUUCAAAUUUUGAAACUUUCGCGCCGCCCACUUUUUGCAACUCUGGCACAAUUUUAAAAGUUCAAAUUUUUCUUGUGAAAAGAAACGGCCACGUGGAUUUUUUGGGGCCUGAAUUUAGAAAUUCCAAAUUUUUCACAAUUCAGAAAAAUAUUUCAGAUAUCAUUCCUUGUCAUAUCAAUUAUAAUCUUGGCUUCAACAUUUUUCUGGGGAAUAUUUGGACAUUGGAAUUUAGGAUUCGCGAAAAUCAUCGAAUGUAUUCUCACAAUUGUCAUGAUUUUUGUGCCAGAAUUGAAAAAUUGGGUUUUUGCAAUUGUAUCAAUGAUUUUCUUCAUAGUUUUUGUGGUUUUCGAUAUGAUUGAUCUUCUUUUUUAUGUCUCAGAACAUGUUCGAGCAAAUCAACCAAUCGGAUUUUUUUGGCCAAUUAUUUGUGUUGAUGCGGUUCUAUGUGGAUUUAUGGCAUAUCUAUAUUUCAAAUUAUUCAAAUCAACUCGAUAA